AUGACAAAUAAUUUAAAUUUACAAGUUAAUAAUGACUUUUUAGAAGCAUUUGAGAAUGAUAAUGUUGAUGACAUGGAGUUAAUUGGAAAUAUUGAGUACUUAAUGUCCUUAGAAGCCAAAAAUAAAUUAAAUUAUUUUCAAUAUGCUUGUUUUCUUGGGAAAAAUCAAGUUGCCGCUUACUUUGAUUCUAUUAAUAGAUACAUUUACAGUUCAAUUGAUCAAUUCGGAAACACUCCUUUGCAUCUUAUCGCAUCAAACCCGAAAAAUGAAGAUUUCCAGUUAGCAGAAUACUUCAUAAACAAAUAUAAAUCAGAAAUCUUACAUUCUAGGAACGUUUUCGGCUUAACUCCUUUUCAUGUUUCAUGUUUGCAGUCAAACAUCAAUUUUGUCAAAUAUUUACUUACGAAAUAUUCCAAAGAAAUCGAUUUGACCGAUGAAGAGAACAUUUUUAAGUUGUCUCCUGUUAAUUGCGCAAAGAAAGCUAAUUGCAAGGAAAUAAUAGCUUUACUUACAAACAAAACAGCCACUGAACAAGAACAACCACAAAUCAUCAACAAUUCAAACGUUCCUACAAAUGAAAUCGAAAAUAAUUCUGAAUUACUUAAUAAGAUCAAGGAAUUAACAUCAACAAUUAAUACACAAGCCAAUACAAUUUCUGAGAAAGAAAAAGAAAUCCAAAAAUUACAAAAGAAUAUUAUUUCAUUAAAUCAACAAAAUGAAGCAUUAAAUAAGGAACUAACACAACAAAAAUCUAUUAAAAAGCAACUUAAUGAAUUUUCUAAAGAAAUUUUCAAAUUUGAAGGAAAAGUCAAUACAAUUAACAAUUUACAGAGAGAACAGAUCAGAAAAUGUGAGAGUGAGAUCCAACAAAACCAGUCACUUAUUAAAUCUUUAGAAGAAAAUAAUAAUUUGUUGAAUAAAUUAUUAAUUUCAAGUAAAGAAGAAGCACAAGGUAAACAAGAGGAGCUAAUGACAGAAAACAGAUCUCUGGAGGAAAAUUGCCAUAAAUUAGAAGCUGAAAAGAAAGAAAUUCAAAAAUCUUUCGAAGCAAGGAUUCAAGAACUGAAUAAUAAAUAUUUAGCUUGCGAGAAUGAAAAAAAGGCUUUGACUGAUCAAUUACUUCGCGAAAAAUCAGAAUUUGAAGAAAAAUACAAAUUACUUGAGUUACAAACGAAUACAUUCGUGCUAGCUGAUAUUGAAAUACAGGGAUAUCAUGUUCGGAGGCAUAAUUACUUAAUUCCGACAAUAAUAUUUUGUAUAAUUUUUUCAAUUUUAAUUCUUAUGAUUAUUGGUUAUAAGAAAUAA